AGAGGGAAGAGGAAGGGAGAACAGGAGGGUCAGACAGGUUCCCGAGAAAGAUAAUCUGUUUGUUUAUAGUUUACUUAGGCAAAGGGACCUUCAGAAGGGACUUUGAUAAGAGGGGACAAAGUUUCUCCUGAAAGGAGCUGUGUUCUUCAGCCAGAACUUCGGCUUCUUUCACACACAGGUGCCUGGAGAGCUGGGGAGUCGCUGCCAGUCCAAGACACCUUGAACUGGUAAUUCCUACAGAAACUUGUACCAACUUGUUCUUGACUGACAGCGAGCGUUUCUUCACUUUGAGAAACCCUCAGCACCUACCUCUCUCACCUACCUCUACAUGGGCUGAUCAUUUCCUGGCCUGGUCGUGGUUUCCCAUCUACCCAGGAGCCGGCACUGGGUGCUCCACAGGCCAUAGCAGAGCCCCAUGGUAGCCAGGUGGGUGAAGGGAGGCGAGGACGUGCCACUUGCCCUGCGGAAGAUUCCUGACCUGCAGAGUGGUCUGAGGAGCCUGACCAUGGAUGCCAUGGAUACCAUGGUUCACAUUGGCAUGCCCGGCGCACCGCUGGUGAAGCACGGCAGUGGGGGUGGCCUCAAGGCCCACCGCCCUCGGGUCAUGUCUAAGAGCGGACACAGCAACGUGAGGAUUGACAAAGUGGACGGCAUCUACCUGCUGUACCUGCAGGACCUGUGGACCACAGUCAUAGACAUGAAGUGGCGCUACAAGCUCACCCUGUUUGCCGCCACCUUUGUGAUGACCUGGUUUCUCUUCGGUGUGGUCUACUACGCCAUAGCCUUUAUCCACGGCGACCUGGAGCCCGCGGAGCCUAGUUCUAACCACACGCCCUGCAUCAUGAGAGUGGACUCUCUGACCGGGGCCUUCCUCUUCUCCCUGGAAUCCCAGACCACCAUUGGCUACGGAGUCCGUUCCAUCACGGAGGAGUGUCCUCAUGCCAUCUUCCUCUUGGUUGCCCAGCUGGUCAUCACCACGUUGAUUGAGAUUUUCAUCACUGGGACCUUCCUGGCCAAAAUUGCAAGACCCAAAAAGCGAGCCGAGACCAUCAAGUUCAGCCACUGUGCAGUCAUCAGCAAGCAGAAUGGGAAGCUGUGCCUGGUCAUCCAGGUGGCCAACAUGAGGAAGAGCCUCUUGAUCCAGUGCCAGCUCUCGGGGAAACUCCUCCAGACGCAUGUCACCAAAGAGGGAGAGCGCAUCCUCCUCAACCAAGCCACAGUCAGGUUCCACGUGGACUCAUCCUCUGAGAGCCCCUUCCUCAUCCUGCCCAUGACCUUCUAUCACGUGCUGGACGAGACAAGCCCGCUGCGGGACCUCACGCCUCAGAACCUGAAGGAGAAGGAGUUUGAGCUGGUGGUGCUCCUCAACGCCACUGUGGAGUCCACCAGCGCCGUGUGCCAGAGCCGCACAUCCUACGUCCCCGAAGAGAUUUACUGGGGCUUUGAGUUUGUGCCCGUGGUCUCUCUCUCCAAGAACGGGAAGUACGUGGCCGACUUCAGCCAGUUCGAGCAGAUCCGCAAGAGCCCGGACUGCACCUUCUACUGCGCCGAUUCGGAGAAGCAGAAGCUGGAAGAGCAGUACCGGCAGGAGGACCAGAGGGAGCGGGAGCUGAGGAGCCUCCUGCUGCAGCAGAGCAACGUGUGAGCCCGGGCCCCUGGGCACCCCUGGCUCUCCACUAAACAGGGGCUCCUCUUGGAGGCUGGGCCAGGUGGGACCUGCCGCACGACCACACAGAUGGUCAGGGUUCAGCUUUCCCUCUGUCUGGAGGCUGAGCAAGCAUUUCUGAACAUAAGAGUGCCUGGUCAGAGGUGAACACUCAAAUUCAGAUUCUGCCCCUGACCCCCUAAAAUGGAACCCUGUACUGAAGAAGUGAGCACAGGAAGGUGGAGAGGCUUCCUGCUGAGGGGCAUACAUGCAGCAAUGCUGACGGUAGAUGAACAUCAUCGUGUAAGACAAAGUAUUUAUUAACCACCCAUCAAAGGUGCCAGUGGCUGGGUCUGAAGUGUGACUCACUUUGCUGUGGCUUAAGAGCCUGCUCUUUCUCUUGUUCCAGUCCUUAAGUUGAUAUUUGUAAUGGUGGCCAUCUGGUAAUGGCCUGAAAGUGUUGGAAAAGAAAGUGAGGAUGUUAAACUUGCAAAAUACAGUCAUUUUCUGUUACAAUUUUCAAUGGAUUUAAUUGUGUAGGGUGAAAGCAAUCAAGUCAGGAAUCAAGAGUUCUGAAAGUGUGUUGCUAUCUUGAUUCCACUGUCCCAUUAUUUUGGGGGGAAGAGUGUACUAGUCUCUUUUUCCUUCAAAAUGUCCUUCACAGACAAGCCAACCAGCACCAUUUAGGGACAUACUGGCAACCUGCACAGUCGGGUUUCAGCCAGGCUCACAGAACCGUCAGUCCCAUAGGCUCUGCUCUGAGUAAUGUUUUAGUGUCAUUUUUUUAGAUCCUCACAGGAAAAAGUCUAUGUGAGUUCCACAGCAGGCGACCUGCCCUUGGUCAGUGCUGUCAGUGUAUUCCAGUGUUUCCCUGUGAACACUCCCUGCCACAGAGAAAACACAUGUCUUAAGAACGAAACAGCUCAAUCCUCAUGUGGUGGUGCACAUCUUUAAUCCCAGCACUCAUGGAGGCAGAGGCAGGCAGAUCUCUGGGAGUUCGAGGCCAGCCUGGUCUACAGAGUGAGUCCAGGAUAGCCAGGGCUACACAGAAAAACCUUGUCUCUAAAAAAAAAAAAAAAAAAAAAAAAAAACCGAACAAACCCCCAAACCCCUGAGAGCCAAGACUGUCACGGUUGUGCUAAGCACAUGGUCUGAAGACUAUAUUCCACACAGAAGACAACUGAAACUGUACCACAACAUACAAAGUGUGAACAGAUGCUGAAGCUUUCAGGGCCCGAGAGACACUGAGAAAAGAGCUGGGGGGGGGGUGAACAGGAGGACGCUCAGGCAAGGGUCACGGGCAUACCCUUCGUGUGCACAGGAGGACGCUCAGGCAAGGGUCACGGGCAUAUCCUUAGUGUGCGAGCCCGCACAACCCAGUACAACCUGCGUUUCCUUGCAGAAAGAGAAUGUGUGGGCCAGGAUUGGCCCGAUAUGUAAAAGAUUCGUGUUCAUUUCACUCGAAUCAGGACAAACUGUGCACUCACCCAAGUGCCAAGUGACCACGAACGUGCAGGCAGUACACACACACACACACACACACACACACACACACACACACACACACACCUCAUACAGUAUGCCAGUGUGUGCUCGCACUCUGCAAACACAGUACCAGGCAGCUGGGGUCUGUGUCACACUCACAAAGUGCACCCCAGUUUUCCGAGUGUUCACUUUGACUCUAUAAGAAAUUGAAACUGGCCGCAGAGAAACUGAGUCAUCAGCGGGAUCCAACCACUGGUGUGAAAUGUGGCCCACCCAGACACAACCUCAUGGCCACACCUGCAAGCGCCUUUCCUUUAAACAACAGCAACAAAAUGUGUAAACACGGUCUCUGGAGUGGAGCUGAGCUGAUGUGUGAAAGCCUGAGACUCGUGGAGGAAAAGCAGAACAAUUUCUAUCAAGGAAGAUUUGGGGCUGGAGAAAUGGCCCAGUGUGUAAGAGCAGGAGGACACCCGCUCAGAUCCCCAAUGCCCAUCCAUCUGGGAGGAUGUCGUGAGCCGUGGGAGCUGAGACAGGAAUCCCACUGGGACCUGCUGGGCGCCUGAAGGGCCCCAGGUGCAGGAAGAGGCCUUGUCGUGAAGGAUUAGGUCAGAAAGGGGGACAGUGACUCCUCUGGUCUCCAGGCACAUCCCCCGCCCCUCCUCCACAAGUCCCUUAACACAUGCAUACACACGCGCACACACACACACACACACACACACACACACACACACAGAUCUCAAAUCAUUAAAGAAUUUUUUCAUGGCAGUUUUAGGUUGCCAUUCUUGAAAGCCUUUUAGCUGCUUGCCUGUGGAGACAACUUUAGCUAUUACUCCCGUGUAUUUAAAUCAUAUGUUACAGUAGACUCAAUAGGAAAACCCAUGCUAUGGGUGUGUUCAUGGCCACUCUUCUAUUACGUUAGGAAAUCGCUCACACAAAAUCCACCUUGGUGCCCCUCUGAAUCUGAUCACACCAGUAACUCAGCUCUAUUCUGUUGUGUACGGUACAAUGAUGGCAUGUCAGACUCAGAGUCAUCUUUGUGUAAUCACUGAGCAUAUUAUAUCAGCCAGAUUUGGAAUAUCUGGUUAUUGGAUUUUUUUUUUUUGUUAGUACACACAAAUCUUGUAGUGCCUUGAAAACCACUGUAUGGGCCAGGUGUGCUGGCACAUGCCUGUGACCCAGCACAUGGGAGCUGGAGGCACAAGGAUCAAGAGUUCAAGGCUAGCCUUGGUGAUGUAUGCAUGCAUUACAUGAACUCCUCUAUCAGAAAAAGGCCAUAAUGUGUAAUAACAAUAAUCUAUAUACUAUUGUCAUAUUGUGACAUAAUAUUUAGUCAGCCUAGUUGACCGGUUUGAAACUCAGCAUUUUCCUGUUAGCUUAGCUGUUGUUAUUUUGAAUCCUGUGUUCUUGGGUUAAUCUACCAAUAGAAGAGCUAAGUGGCACACUUACUGGGUGUUACCUAGACAGUCUUCUGCUUGACACAGAUGCACAAGUGUCACCCAAACAACCAAGUGUCUAACCCAAAGGAAGCCUGUGCUCUUUUAGAAGCCCAGUGAGUUCCCUCCCCAGUGACUCUUCACAGUUGCUUUCGGGAGUCACAGCGCCCACAGCAGCACAAGCACAAGCCGCUGCCUCAUUCCUGGGCCCUGACACCUCCGGUUGAGGGCAGGAGCCAAACACGGGUUCUCUGUUUUCUUCUUAUUCAUGGGGAAAAUUAACAAUGAAGUUUUUGAAUAUCCAAAAUAAAUGCGUAGUGGUAAGAAAAAUAAUAUUUGCCAGUGGACCAGUAUUUAGAUAAAUGUAAAGGCCUAUUUAGUUUGAUCUUUAUUUGAAUUAAAUUUCUACUUUGAAUUAGCUGUUGUUUUGACAUCACUGAAAUGAAAAAGUUUUUUUUUUUUAAGCCACUUAUUCUAGUGUGGCGAGGCCUUUCUAGUCUAACGUAAUUCUCUCUUCCUUAGACCCUUGUCGCACGUGGAAAGAGGACAGGGCAGAGUAGAAAGAAUGGAACCAGGGAGCGAGAGGUGAGGGAAAGAGGGGAAGGGAAGGGAGGGAAGCGGCCUUUGCAGGAUUCCCACCACAGGCUCACUAUGGGUGCUGAUUCUGUGUGUGUGACUGUAGGCUUCCAGGAACACACAUGGCUGUCUUCCAUCCUAAUGUUCCUUUGCCUACACAGGACAUGAUGACAUCAGUUAAGAUGGAGGCCGGCUCACUCUAGUUUUCUCUGAUGAUAGUUUUAAAACUAAAGCUACUCUGCCUCAGUCUGGAUUUCUACUUCCCGUGCUGUGCACUCAUACACAGCCUCUGGUAAGGGAGCGUGGCAGGCCUGAGGUGUGCCAGCUUUCUCUUCAAGCUUAACCUCUUCACGAGGUUAACUAACUGCACACUCUGCCUGUGUGGUCACCCGCUGCCCUUAGUGAGGUUACUUGUCCCUGACCUUCAGGUUUGUGGCUGGCAAUGGGGGAUUACCCACUUCAGAAUAGUCACAGUUGAGCUGCCCUGAGGGCUCCAGAGUUCAAGGUGGAGAUCUGACCUCAGUUACUGCUCUGCAGUUGUCCACCCAAAUGGUUACUGGCUGUUACAUUGCAACAAGCUGCCAUCAUUCCCUUCUGAAUUCCAUAAUUUGGCCUAGAAAUGCCAAAGGAUAGAGGCCAGGUUCUUUCCAAAGCUUUACCACUAAGUAUGUCAUAGAAGAAGCAGAGGGUCCGUGUGUCAACCAACAGGAGCAGAUGCAGAGACUCACAGCCAAACAUGAAGCAGAUCUCGGGGAACCCUGCAGAAGAGCAGGAGGAAGGAUGGUAGGAGCAGAGCAGUCAAGGACAGUUCUACAGAAUCAACUAAUUCUACAGGGCUCACAGUGGCUCACAGAGAUGGAAGUGGCAAUAGCAGAGUCUGUGUGGGUCUGAGCCAGGUCCUCUGCAUGUACAUCAGAGUUGUGUAGCUGGGUGUUGUUGUGGGACCCCUAACAGUGGCAGUGGGGGUGUCUCUGACUCUUUUGGCUCCUCUUGGGACCCCUUUUCUUCUACUGUCUAUUCCAGCCUUGACAUGAGGGUCUGUGCCUCAUCAUACUAUAACUUGUAAUGCCAUGUUUCAUUAAUACCCCUGGAAAGCCUAUGCCUUUCUGAAGGGAAAUGGAGGAGGAGCAGGUCUCAGGGAGAGGGAAGGUGGGGGUUGGGAGGAGUGGAGAGAGGGGAAACUGAGGCCAGGGUGUAAUGUAUGAAAAGAAAAUAGGAGGAGGAGAAGAAAGAAGAGGAAGAAGAAGAAGAAGAAGAAGAAGAAGAAGGAGAAGGAGAAGGAGAAGGAGAAGGAGAAGGAGAAGGAGAAGGAGAAGGAGAAGGAGAAGGAGAAGGAGAAGGAGAAGGAGAAGAAGAAGGAGGAAGGGGGGAGGAGGAGGAGGAGGAGGAGGAGGAGGAGGAGGAGGAGGAGGAGGAGGAGUGGUAAAAACUGACCUCGAGUCAUGCCAUCUCCUCCACAUCCACUGCCUCCAGCUGCGUUCGUUUCCUUGGGCCUUGAUGUGCUGUUCAUCCCCACAAAGGCAAAUCAUUUACUGGGUUAUAAACUAAACAAACAAAUAAAAAACUUCUCUAUCUAAAACCUGAGCACAGGAAUUUUCAUUUUCCUAUUCUUAUGCUAUAGGGUGUUUAAAAAAAUUAGAACCAAGAAAGGCAGUGAGCUGGGGUCAAUAGUCAGUUACUAAUAAAAUUGAAAGACUGGAAAGUCGGAGGAUGUGAUAGAUAUGUGAGUCCAUGGGUGUGCAGUGGCAGGGCACAUGCCUGGCUUUUACAAGUCCUGGGUUUGAUCCCCAGUACUGUAAAACAAAAUUAACAAAUGUGAAGAAUGCCACCGGGAGGUGAACACUUGGCUCUGUAGAGGGAGGGAGGCUAUGUGGACUGCGUGUCUUUUCCUAUGUCCUGUAUAUUUUUCACUUGUCCUGUGCCUGGUCACUUUUGUUCUGUGUCCUCUGAGGACUCCCUUAAAGUCCUGUAGUCAGCAGUUUUUCACACAUAACCAAACUGCCUCGUCAGUCUCAAAAAUCUUCAAAGUUCAAGGCUGGAGACAUGGCUCAGGAAUCACAGGAGGACCUGAGUUUGGUUCCCAGCUCCUACAUGGCGGCUCACAACCACCUGUAACUCCAACUUCCUGUGAUCUGGCGCCCUCUUCUGGAUUCACUGGACCCAGCACUAAUGUGCACAUACCCCUACGUCUGCACACAUAUACACAUAGACACAUAAUUUUAAAACAAUAAAAUAAAAUUUAAAAAUCCUCA